GGGUGCCGAAGCGCCCGCGCGAGCGUCGGCAGGCCGGCCCCUUCCUGGACCGCCUGGAGAGGGAGGCCGAGCAGAUCCUGGCGAAGCGGCGCGCUGUCGGACUCGCCGCAGCGCGCCCGCCGCGGCGGCGGUGGGGCGCCGCCCGCCGCGCUGGGGAGCCCAGGCGGCGCCGUGGCCGCGGCGGCAGCGGCGCCUCGCUCAGCGGCGGCGGCGGGCGCAGCAGCCGCCCCACCGCAGCCUGGCGCGGUGCGGGCGAGAGGCAGCGCCGUGGAGAAGGAGGCCACCGCCAGGAGAAAGCUGGAGCUGAUCGCGGACAUGACCCGGAGGCUCCAGGACAUCCUGAAGCGGGUGUCGGACAAGUCGUUGCCAGACGAGACGAAGGAGAAAUACCAGGCGCUGGCACAGAGCAUCCAGGCGCAGAUGGCUGCUCUCAACCGGCCGGCGGCGCGAGCGUGA